UCUCGCUCUUGCUGCGUUGUGUGGCCUAAAUUUUACUUCCCUCUUCCAAUCUGAUCAAAUAAAUAUCAAUCAAGAACAGAACAACCCAUAAGAAGAAGAAGAAGAAGAAGAAGAAGAAAAAAGUAAAAUUCAAUAUAAGAACACUCCCACCACCACCACCAUCAUCAUCUCUACCUUCUCUCUGUCUGUCCCUGCGAACAGAACACUGGUGUUCUGAUUAUGGAGGUUCUUUACUUUCAGGGUCCUUCGUCUCUUGUCAAUACUAAAUGUUCUAAGAAAUCAGUGCGUCCCCCAACGCUGCCUUCCCUGCUUCCUAAACCGUUUCUUCAACUUAAUGACAGAUCAGUGUCUGGGUGGUCCCUUCGUAAAACUCGCUCGGUAUGUUACUCUUCGAGUCUUUCGACUAUAUAUAAAGGGCCCGUGUCGGAAAAGCAGGGUUGGGAUCUGGGGAGAUUCAUUAAGACUUUGUACUUCUUCAACGGUCCCCCUUCUCCAGCCAAGUUUUUCGAAUUCAUAAUUGAGAAACUAUCUGGGCCAGGGCCGGAGCUUGCCAAGCCUGAAAAAAGAAUGGAUCCCACUGGGAUUGUACUUGUAGCAGGGGCCACUGGCGGGGUUGGGAGAAGGGUUGUCGAUAUUUUACGCAAAAAGGGGCAGCCAGUUCGCAUCUUGGUCCGAAACGAAGAGAAGGCCAGGAAAAUGUUGGGACUGGACAUUGACAUGAUUGUAGGAGAUAUUACCAAAGAGAGUACUCUGCUACCUGAAUACUUCAAAGGCAUUAGAAAAAUCAUCAAUGCUACUUCUGUUAUUGUUGGACCGAAGGAAGGGGAUACUCCCGAUCGUGCAAAAUACAGCCAAGGGAUCAAGUUUUUUGAGCCAGAGAUCAAAGGUGACUUGCCUGAAAUGGUCGAAUAUGUUGGGAUGAGAAAUCUACUUAAUGCUGUCAAAGGGAGUGUUGGAGUGCGGAAUGGGAAAGUCCUGUUCGGCAUUGAAGAUGGUAUGUUUAAGGAACUUCCUUGGGGUGCCUUAGACGACGUUGUGAUGGGAGGAGUUAGUGAAAGUAUGUUGCUGAUGGACCCAACUAGUGGCGAAGAUGGUGGACCCGCCGGACUCUUCAAAGGAAACGUUUCUACAGCAAACAAUGGUGGCUUUACUAGCAUCAGAACAAAGAAUUUUCCUGUGGCCGAAGAUCUUUCUGCAUAUGAUGGUGUGGAGCUUCGUCUUCGGGGAGAUGGUCGUCGUUACAAACUAAUUGUUCGGACUAGCCGUGAUUGGGACACAGUGGGCUAUACAAUUAGUUUUGACACCAUUGGUGGCAAGUGGCAAUCAAUUCGCCUACCAUUCGCAUCUCUGAGGCCCAUAUUUCGAGCGAGAACAGUGUUUGAUGCCCCGCCUUUUGACCCGAGUAGUGUUGUUUCUCUGCAGCUAAUGUUCAGCAAGUUUGAGUAUGAUGGAAAGUUGAACCCGACUUUUGUGGAAGGCGCAUUUCAGCUGCCUAUUUCCUGCAUUCGAGCAUAUCUAAAGGAACCAAUCAUUCCCAGGUUCGUACAUGUGGGGUCUGCAGGAGUAACGAGACCCGAGAGGCCGGGACUUGAUCUCACGAGACAACCUCCUGCAGUCCGCUUGAACAAGGAACUCGGUUUCAUUCUGACAUAUAAGUUGAAGGGGGAGGACUUGAUCCGAGAGAGUGGAAUUCCAUACACGAUCGUGAGGCCCUGUGCCCUGACUGAGGAGCCUGCUGGGGCUGAUCUGAUUUUUGAUCAAGGAGACAACAUUACAGGAAAGAUUUCGAGGGAAGAGGUUGCUCGUAUAUGUGUUGCUGCUCUGGAUAGCCCGUACGCUUGUGACAAGACGUUCGAGGUUAAGAGUGUUGUUCCCUUCAGUGAGCCUUUUAAGAUCGACCCUGAGAAUCCUCCUCCAGAGAAGGACUAUGAUGUAUACUUCAAAGAGCUGAAGGAGGGCAUCACGGGAAAAGAGUUCCUCGAGAAAAGUCCCGUUCCCGUCUAAUUCUUACAUACAAAAAGCUCCAGUCUCUUAGACUAUACUUUGUAAGUACGACAGGUGUGAUUAAGAGACCGUGCCUUCAAGUUUUUAUGAAUUACCAUGUGAAGAGAAGGCAGGGAAAGAGGACCAAAUCAAUGCAUGCAAGCUUUAGGUUGAACUGCAUCAUGUGAAUUUUGAAGGAUGCCUAUACUUCACGCGGAAAGAAUGCUUCUUAAAGUGGCAAAAGUGAUGCAGUAACACACGGGUGACAAUUCUUAUUUUCAA